CGGAUAUAUUCAGCGAUGCAAAGCUGCGCUAGCGCAGGGGUCUGACCGAUUUGCUUCGCCUACCGGCAGACACUAAAACAAAGCGAUGUCACUAUAAGGUCUGUUUAUCGAUAAUAUGAAAACAACAUACCGACAUGUCUUUCAAAACGAAUUAAUAAAACCUUUUUAAAUCUAUGGUUAAUUAAUAAAGCCACAAAGGACAAAUUAAAAUGAUAGGUGCCAAACUGUCGGUUGCCAAAUGCCAAUCUAAGCAAAUGCCUCAUGAAUUUGUGUAGCCAUGGAGGCGGAGGGUUCGCUUGUAGAUGAAGUGACAGGACAUCAUGAUAACGAAGAUGAUGAUGUUGAAGAUGAGCAAACUGUCAUUCAUGUUCAGGAACACGAGACGGUGGAAACGAAACCAGAAGAAUCAAAUGAUUCUCCUAAAAGCCAGGGGAGAAAAUCCCCGGUGAAAAAAACGGUGCACAUCAAGAAAACUAGAAAGGACUUCUACAACCUACCGAGGAAAAAUUCCGGCACGAAGUUCUAUAAGAAGAAAAGGACUGAUGAUGAUUACAAAAUCGUUACUGUCGAUGACUAUUUGAGUGUCUCCGAAUCGAUUUCAGGGUCGUCAGAUUCUUUUAAAUGCGUCCACGGGCCUGAGGGCAAAAUAUACAGUGAAAAGGCUUUACUUAAACGGAAUUUGUUGAAGAAUUUGGAUCCUUUGCCUAUUGAUCGCAAAUGGAACGACAAAUGUCCUCCGUCCUACGACUGGGACAUGGCAGGAAAGUUGGAGAGAAUGGUCCAGAGUCCGACAGUGGAACUGCAACGAGAUCGUCUGAAGGCCCAUAUUCGUGACUUCAGUAGAACAGCCAAGGGUGGCUAUAGGGUUGACACACUUCAAAGCUUCUGCAUUGUAGUAGACUAUUUAAUAGAGUCGCUUGCCAGAGUACCAGACUUCAAGGAGGACCUUGUGAUGCUGCUUCACAAUCUGGAUAAACCCAUUCAUUUGCUCGCAGCAUCCGACGUCGUCAAAUACUUUGACGUGAUCAGCCAUUAUUUGGGAUUUAUGGGCUACCUCCUAAUAAGAGUAGAAGACGAAGAUAUUUUCAAGAUAGUUUCGGACGCGGUUCUCUGGCACUUAUCAGCACCCGACAAGAUACGCGGCUUGGGGACCGUGCAGCUGCGUCACGCAUUAGCAGCGGCUGCGCCAGCCCUGCAGCAGACCACGGUCAGGAUGAUCGCUGUGGCCACCACGCCACGGUUCCCAACCUUUUUGGAGAUCGCUCUGCUAUUGGCUUGCGAUACUAUGAAUAAUUGCAUAGACAUGAUGAAGGAAAAUAUAAUAGAGAAUAUUUUUUAUCGCUUCAACCCUUAUUUCCCCGAAAGGAAACUACCAAAUUAUGAUAUUAACCCACAGGAUUGCCAAGAUUUCAAUAUCAAACUGGGUGACAGCAGUCUAAACAUGAAUACAACUCUGUCCGUUCUGCUGGUACUCCUGAAAACUACGAAACAAUUUCUGGAUAAGAAUCCUCAUGAGCGCAAAAUGCUGCCAGCACCUGACUGUUAUGCACAAAGAUGUUUCGUGUGGGCUUACCGUUACGAGUGCCGAGCCCGCGGCCACUCGCAUCAGAGGAUAACGAUGACUGUUGUUGCUGCCGUUCUUGUGAACUGCUUCGGAGACCGUCUUCUGCCGUUUUCUUCGAUACUGAUGCCAGACAUUAUGUCGCUCUCUGUUCUAACUGAGCUGCCUCCAAGAGAUGACUGGAUCGGAACAGUAAACUUCAACACGUGCCAAAAUGACGUGCAAUUCAAGAAAAUUUUAAUGUAUUUUGUCGUGGAUUUGAUGAAGAUCUUCCCUUACAAUCGUUUUAUGUUGGAGUCAAGGUACUGGUUAAUGGGUGUCAUGUACCUACUGGACCCCGGUCUGUGUUACCUCAGGUCUCAUUGGUCGCCAUCUUUGUUUGCUGAUCUUCGGAAGGUUGCUCUCCAAGCAUUAGUCUGCACUUUGCCUUUGGCUGAGCACAGAUUAGUUAGACAAUACGGAUUAAUAAGGAGAAUAUUAUGGUACAUCGAAUGGUACUCCGAAAGUCCUUACGAGGUCCCGGUGCUGUACUGGUGCCUGAGGGUUCUGCAGGUCGCCACAUACCACAGGAUGGAUGUCGAACGAGACACGGCCAUGACUGAUCUUUUUGAUACACACGGCAUUAUCAUACUUAUACAUCUAUGCUACUCUCUUCUCGGUCAGAAGUUACCGCCUUUGGAGAAAGGUCAGGCAGUGAUCUCCCUCUGUCUUCGCCUACUGGCCAGCAGUGUCAACCAGAACAGGCGCCUUUCGUGCUGCGUGUAUCCGGGGCUCAGAUGGCCAUCUUCCAUAAAUGGCCUCGCAAAGAAACUUCUCGAUAUCGUACUGUACUCCCUUGAUAAACAUUACAUCAUCAGUGAUCGGUGGUUGAUAACAACAUUAAAUUUCAUAUGGGAAGGAAUUAUAUGGAGAGAAGAUUAUAGGAAAAUAUUCGUUGCUAACGAUGGCAUUUACAAGCUGCUGGACAUAAUUGCGAUAACGAGACCUGCCGUGCAGUGCAUGGCACUAGCGAUGGUGUGCGACAUCGCCCGCGCCGGCGACGGGGUCGGCCAGCUCGUAUCAUGGCGCGCCAGCCUUGCUGCCUCCAAUGCGUAUCCUCUGGUUGUAAGACGUGGUGCGACGAUCGCAAGCCUGCUAGCAGCUAUAUUCCGUGAUGAAUGCAAAUCCACAGGCGUUCGUUUGAACGAAUACGGUGUGAUACAAGACUUGGAUUACCCGAUCAUGUCUUUGAGCUCCCAGAACGAGUUGUCCAAGACUGAUAACCUUUACUUGAGGAGUCCUCGAACCCCAGUCUGUUUGGCUGCGGCUGAUAUACCCGGAUCGAGAAUGUCUAAGGCAUUCGCUCUAUUGCAUCUUCUGUCAGAAGACUUGGAGAAUCGAGUCGCACUUGCUGACGAAGCUUUCAAUUUAUACAAAAAUAUCAAUUUAGCCGUAGAAGACGAGACAAUAUUGGUGCUCUGCUCUCAUUACCUAACGUUGAAGCUGAGUGAAGUAUGGAAAGAAACAAAAGUACAAAGCAUUGGAUUUAUCGACCAGGAUGAAUAUAUUCUUGAUGAUUUUAUUGCCAUCGGCAAAGGAUGGGCUAAAGAAAUAAAACUACAGCAGGAAGAUGUACUAGCAAAGGAACGGAAAAAGGACAGUGAAGAAGAGAGUUCUCUAUACGCAUUCCUCGGCCGAAUCCGCCUGAACAUAGCUCUUGAUGCGUUGCGCGCCGUCCGUUGCGUAGCGCGCUCGACGGACCGCCACCGCAUCUCACAGGCCUUGUUGCACGACGCUGUUAUCGCCCACCAUCGACGACACAAAUACUCCGAGAAAAAUAAUAAAGCUGCGAUAUUGAAGACUUAUAAACCAUCGUUGGAUGAUCAGAACAUAACUGGACAGAACGUCAAAAUAUCCAGUAUUCAUACCAAGCACAAACAUAAAAAUCAAGAGGCGCCCUCUACCCCUUCAACGACUACGACCACUUCUUAAUAUUUUACACAUGAUUCGUAUCAGUCGUAAUGCAGUCCUUGAUUCGCCAGCAAUAAGGUCGAGUUUUGGGUGACAGCACCAUGACUGCAAGGACGAGACUUUAACCACCAUCUUGUUCCCUGUGGAAGCGUGGUAGUGUAAAAGACAGCAUAUAGCGCUGUCUCUUUUCAACACUUGCAAGUCUUAAUAUUGCAAGUGGCGGUAGGUAUCGUCUGACGGUAUAUAUGCCGGCUUGUUUUUUUUUUUUGAUCUCCAAGGGUCUCUGAUGUCCUAGUACGAACGCUAUUGACAAGUCAUGAUCUAAACAUCAAUAUGGAUACAAAAAUACGACGUUAUUAGCGUUCGUUCUGGCGUUUCAAUUAAGUCUCUUGGACUUUUUAACCUAAUGGAAUUAUGUUUAGUUUUGUAGAUUUUUAAACUUAGUCAAGUCGAAUAAGCCUAUAGAGUAGAAAGUUGAUACCGAUGUUCGGAACACCAUAGGCAAUGGGAAACAGCUUUCAAAACUGUCUGAAACGAUAAAACUUCCAGGGCAGUUAGUUUUAUUUAUGACACAAAUUACUGAAAACGUUCCAAUGGACGCGGGGAUCAAUCCAAACUUCUGUACCAAAUUUCAGCUCUUUGAGAAUUCUGAAUCCCUGAAUGCUUUAUUUGACAAGGCGGCUUGGCUAAGGAAUUUCAUAUAAUAUCAUACAAAAGUUCGUACAAUUUCUGAAACAAGUACAUUCAUUAGUAUUUUACUACGACGAUAACGAAACAUUUGCUAUAUAUUUUAAUUAAAUUAAAAAAAAAAUAUUCGGUAAAAAAA